UCCGCUACGGCUGAUUGUGAAAGUGAAAGAGGGAACCAAGCUUCCGGUCGUGGAUGGGCGUUAAUCACCUUUUUGCCCUUGUAAAUAGCCUGCCUGAGCUUCGAUGGAUACUUUUCCUUUUACAAUAGGAGAAGCGAUCUGUUUGGGUUCAAGCCUGGCUUUCUCUGGCCUCUUUUAUUACCUGCACAGGAAGAAGGCCAAGGUGGUGUCCAAAAUCCAGGGGGCUCCGAAGCUCCACGUUGAUUCAAGCCUUCCCAGCAUUCUGUCUGCCGCAGGUAGCAACUGCCUCCCCUACGUUGUCAUCGAAGGAGUGGUCCAACCGGUCGAAGCUGCCCUCACCAGCCCAUACCACAAGGAGCUACAGGGGGUGAUUGAGAGACUGAUCCUGAAGGAGCAUCGGUUGGUCUGGAACAGCCUGGCCCGAAGCUGGACCGACAGUGAACGGGUGGUGCUGGAGCAGCUGCACACAGUCCCCUUUGUCCUCACCUCCACCGACAAAGCGGCAGGAGGGGUAAGUGUGGAAUUGCCCCUCCAGGCGAUUGACCUGCCCCUGGAGACGGUCUACGAACGCUUCCAGCAGACCUCCCAUGGCUUCAAAGACCUCCUCAGCCACUACCUCAGCGGGGAGAAGCCCAAGGGCUUCCUGGAGACGGAAGAGAUGCUCUUGGUGGGCAGCAGCCUGACCGGCAUCGGCGAGCUGGCCCAGCGCCCGGAUGGUACCCUCUGCCUGCAGCCCCCUUCGAACGGUGCCGGCUAUUUCCUGUGCCUGGAGGAUUGGCAGACCUUGCUAUCCGGUCUGCAGUCGGCCAGCAGCUUCUGGAAAUGGACAGCCUUGGUGUGCGGCUUGGUGGCUGCGGUGGUUAUCCUAAGGUCCCUUCGUCGAGCCUACCGGAUCCGCCAGCUGAAUCGGGAGCGGGAGGAGCAACGGCAGGAAUUUGAAGAGUACCUGAGGAAUCACCAGGACGAAGAGCUGCCCGCCAACGCCUGCGUGGUGUGCUUGAGCAACCCGCGCGAGUGUGUCCUGCUUCCCUGUGGCCACAUCUGCUUGUGCUUCCAUUGUUUCCAGGCCUUGCCCAACUCUUCCUGUCCCAUCUGCCGGGCUGACAUAGACCGUGCGGUUCCCCUCUAUCAGGCCUAGGGAGGGGGUGGCCUCCUACCCAGUCAGCUGCCCCUUGCGGCAAGCAAUUAGGACCCUGCUGUUCACAAUGGUUAUAUACUGGAGCAGUGUCUCAACUUUGGCAACUUUUAAAACAAGUGGACUUCAACUCCCAGAGUUCCCCAGUCACCCAUGCUGGCGGGGAGGGGGGGGAUUCUGGGAGUUGAAGUCCACCCAUCUUAAAGUCGCCACGGUUUUUGAGACGUCCUAUUAGAAACAAGCAUCCCAAUUGUGGGUUGAGGGACAUCCAAUCGCCUGAGGCACGUUGUCUCAAAGGAUGUCCGUGGUCUCAAGAGGAUCCCCCUCUGGGCAAAUUCUUGCUCUAGGGAGGCAUGUCCAGAGUAGAUGUCUCAGCAAAAGCUGCUUUGAUCACCCUUCCAGCUUUGGAAGAGAGAUUAAAGAGUCCUUUUGGUUGCUCUCCUGUAGCUUUGAGACUCCAACCCCAGAAUUCCGGGGGAGUUUUGGGACUUGUAAUCCAAACCCAUCUACAGAGCGCAGGGUUGGCUGAAUUUAUCUCUUGCACUGGGAGUCACCGAACUCCCAAACCUGCCUUGCUGGUUUGCAAACUUAAAGCAAUAAUUACUGUGAGAGGAAAAGCAUCUUACCUAAAUGAUAGGAGCUGGGGAUUUUUUUAAAAAUUUAGAAUUCUAUUAUUUGUUGUCCGUCAACCUCAUUUGGCAGUCUUUGCUUCAGGAUUCGAACUGUGGAAUGCUGGGGUUACAGGACAUAGAUAACCAAGCCAGUUUGGGGGUUUCCAUUGAAAAUAUUGACCGCAUUUAACUUCAUCCGCAAUAUCUUUUUAGCCGUUGUCAAUGUCCUGGAACAUUUCAAAUCACCUGCUUCCGAAUAGCCUCGAAGCUUCGGUUUUCUUGCCGAUACGAAGUUUAAACUUCAUUAUCGGCUGUGUAGAGUUACUUACCUUAACUUCUCAACCUUAGCAACUUUUAAGAGGUGUGGGCUUCAACUCCCAGAAUUCUGGGAGUUGAAGUCCACACCUCUUAAAGUUGCCAUCUUAAGUCCACACAGCUUAAAACGCCCGAGUAGGGAACGAAAGAUUUAAUUGACAUGCAAGCGGGCCUUUGCAGGAGCCGAGAUGGGGCUGAAUCAAGAAAACCUCUUGGUGCAGACAUUUCUAGGCUGAUACCAGUGAAUACAGACUGGAGGACUAAGCCCUCAAUUUUGCUGGAACCGUUCCUUUCAAGUCGGACAUCUACCGAAUGGCAGAUGGUGUUUUAAUCCUACAAGAUUAUGAUUGAUGUUAAUGACUGCUUCUGCAUUCAUUUUGGAAUUGCUGAGAUCUUGCCUCUUGACAUAACAAGGCUGGGAGGUGGAAGGCCCAUCCCCGAGGGGGUUGCCGCCAAAAAACAACCUACCGUAUUUGGCUGAUGGCUUCCUUGCCAAGUGGGCUGCUUGCCAACCCUAUUUUUCUUAUCAUCAAGCUCAGGACGAGCGGCAGAAGCUGGCGCUCGUCCGCGGCAUGCCCAGUCCAACGAAUCGUUUUGCUUUGCACUGUUUUCUAUGAUGAGCCGAGGUUUGGAUGAUGUUCCUCAGUUCUGCGCGCCGGGAAUAUGAAAUCAAGAAUUAUUAAAUGGACAAAUCCAUCAAG